AUGAAGUUGAACCCGAAGAAGUGUGUCUUGGGGGUAAGAGCGGGAAAGUUCCUCGGAUUCAUGGUGAGCGAAAGGGCAAUUGAUGCAAACCCGGACAAGGUCCAGGCUGCAUUAGACCUACCCAAGCCGAAGACAAAGAGAGACGUGCAAAGGCUAACAGGAGGAGAAGUAGAACCUGUCAAAAAGAAAGGCGUCCCAAGGAAAGUGGACCCCGAGCUAACGUGGGAACAAGAGAAGAAGGAUGCAUUCCAACAGCUCAGGGCUCACCUGGCCCAACUGCCGACCUUAGCCAUGCCGAAGGAAGGGGAAACCCUUUACUUAUACGUCGCAGUCAGUCCCGGGACAGAAAUGUUGGAUGACACCAAAAGAACAUGGGAAGUCUACACUGACGGAUCUUCCACAGUGAAUGGCUCAGGAGCCGGAGUGGUGCUGAUACCUCCAGCAGGAAAAAGCAUUGAAUAUGCCCUGAAGUUCGGGUUUAAGGCAACCAACAAUGAGGUCGAGUAUGAGGCUGCGAUCGCAGGGAUAGAGUUAUGCUUAUCCCUGGAGGCCGAACAUGUUUGUCUCAAAACCGAUUCUCAACUCGUAGCCAACCAAAUCCGAGGGGAGUAUGAAGCCAAAUGGCCAACUGUGAACCAGAAGAAGUGGUUGAUUGUAGGAGUCGAUUAUUUCAGCAAAUGGAUUGAAGCCGAAGCAGUUUCGUCCAUCACUGAGCCACAAGUCCGCAAAUUCAUUUGGCAAAACAUCAUCACAAGGUUUGGUAUACCGAGGCUAAUGGUCUUCGACUAUGGAAAGCAAUUUGACAACACACCACUGCAGAAGUGGUGCAAACAGUUCGGUAUCCACCUCGCCUACUCGGCGGUAUGCCAUCCUCAGAGUAACGGCCAAGCCGAAGCCGCGAAUAAGCUCAUACUCAACGCACUCAAAUAA